AUGUUCCGCACAGCACUCCGCACCACCGCCCCCCUUGUCCGUGUCACGCAGCUCCGCGCCGCGUCCACGUCCCAGCCACCAAAGGGCAAGCUCCGUGCUGCUUGGGACCAGGUGCCCGUCGAUGUAUACCCCCUCGUCUUCGCCGUGUCCGGCGUGUGCUGCCUCGGCAUCUUCACAAUGGGAUGGCACCUCGCAACCGACCGUCACCUCCGUCUCGUGCCUGACCGCCUCAGGUCGUAG